AUGCAACUGCUCCGCCGGCCACCCUACUGCUACAGUCUGGCCACUAAUCUUCGCCGUUGUAUGAACUUGGCCCGCGGCGCGGGCUCUCCUGCUAAUAGGUGCGCGGAAAAAAAGCUCCUCGAGGAGGUUGAGGACCUGUGGCGCACUUUGCAGCAGCUCGAGAAGGUCAACUCGGAGCUUCUGCCGCCUGAUAGCCCGGACCAGAAGUGGAUGGAAACCCUCCGCCCCCUCGGCACGCCCGGUGGCAUCUUUUGCCAGAUCCGGGAUGAGCUUGAGAAGCUGGAAAAGGCUCUGGCACCUCCCUUGGGUCACAUGGCCAGGGUCACAGCCCCGAUCCGCCAUCAGCUCGAUAAGCAAGAGAUACAACAGCGCGUUGAGAGUCUUGCCCGGCUCAAGUCGACAAUCACCUGAUCAUGUCUGUGUCCAGC